UCAAAUUUGAGAAAACAGCGUCACAUUCAUUUGUUGUUUAACCGCCUGUUUAUCCCUCGUUGCACAUCCAGUAGCCUUCAUCCCUCUCCCGUCCCACAUACAUACACCUCCCUACAUCACAACCAUGCUUGUAGAUGAUGACAUGCCAAACUUUGGCUCUUCAGCAUCCUACGUCCACAUUCCAACUAACAACCAUCUACCACAGCAGGUGUGUCCAUCGCUAUGGCUAGGCUCGUUAAACGGUAACCAACCCGAUGACAACGUGCGACAUUCAUAUGGCGACAACGAUUUUUUGGGCUUCAACAAUGUCAAAAUCAUCAUCUCUUGCCAGGCGGCACCGGAUGCCAUUAAAAACAUAGCCAGCAUUCUCAGCGGCCAGAACAAGAAUGCGGAGCAAAUGAUGUGUUUCAUCGUUGAUCCACAUUUCUCGCCAGACAAGUUGAUGCCAGAGGAGUCACUUGAUGUGUUGAACUUCAUUUCGGAAUACCAGCCCAAGUUAAACCAGUUGUAUGUUAACUCCAUCCCCUCGCAUCUCUCUCACGCACCACGCCUUACUAGCCCUAUCGUCGCGGCCCAUACCACUUCUGAAGCGCUUUUUAAGGUUGUAAAGUUGAUUGAGUACAUAGGAAGUAAGUUCCCCAGUUACUCUGUCUUGGUUUUGACCGAUAAAAACUACCCUGGGAAGUCCCCCUUGGGAUCUUUACUGUCGUCGUUGAACUCGUCGUCCUCGUCCGUAUCCCUUCCAACGUUUCCGUCCCCUACUUCCUCUCAGUCUUUUACCCAGGACCAACUGGAUAACGAGUUGAGUAUAGCUACGGUGAUGGCCUACUUGUGCUACAAGUUUAAUUUGAACAUCAACGGGGCAUUCGACCAUAUUUAUAGCUCUAGACUCGUUAGCACAUCCUACAUGGCCCAUUCCUUUUCUUCGCCGUACGGCAGUCAGGGUUUCAUGACUUUUUUCAAGUCGCCUGAGAUUAAAAACGGGAUUUACAAGUUUUACGAGGAAAACUUGGCGAUAAAGAUGUUUGGCAACAAUCAAAGAAAGACCGAAGGCCAUUUGAAGAGAAGUGGUGGUAGUGCCUCCGACGAGAACAAACGGUCCAAGCGCGAGAGAGAGUAGGAUAUAAUAAAUUUCUGUGGUCAAAGAUAAUCCUCCAGUCAAGGAGUUCCAAAGUAGAGAUGUCACCGGUUCCCGGAUGGACUUUUUUUAAAAAAAA